AUAUGAUGUUGCACUGGGCAUUAAUACAAUUGGAGCUAGUCAUGUUCUGAACUUUGCAAAAAAAUGUGUUAAAUUAAAGAUGCUUGUUCACGUUUCAACCGCUUAUGUAUCCGGUGAAAAGAUGGGGUUAAUAGUGGAGAACACAUACACCAUGGGUGAGGCACUUAAUGGGACAGUUGGAUUAGACAUUGAUGAAGAGAAGAAAGUGGUGGAGGAAAGACUGACGGAGCUUCGCGGUGAAAAAGCUUUGGAGCGAACAAUUACAUCGGCCAUGAAGGCUCUUGGAAUCCAAAGAGCAAGGAAGUAUGGCUGGCCAAAUACCUAUGUAUUUACAAAAGCAAUGGGAGAGAUGCUCGUAGGGCACCUCAAAGAAAACAUACCAGUAGUUAUCAUUCGUCCUACCAUCGUAACCAGUACCUACAAAGAGCCAUUUCCUGGUUGGGUUGAAGGGAUCAGGUAA